AAAAUAUAGUUAAAAUAGAGUCCUUCACACUAAAACCUUUUAUUUUUUCCCUUUAAAAAAAAAAACCUUUUAUUUUUUCCUUCUUCUUCUCCACAAUCACACGCCUUCACGCCCCCCCACCCCCCCACCCCCAGCAGUUUCGUAGUCUCUCUCUCUCAUUGGAAGCUGUAUAUACACAAAACAUCCUCCAUCUGACGGCAAUAUUUGCUGUUUGUUAAUUGGUUGCAAUUACAGAAAUGGAGGGAACUCAGAGUGAGAAUAGUGGCUGCCAGUGUGAUGGUGAUGAUGAUGGCGUUCAACUCACUUUCUUUUCCGAAGAAUCAGACGGCGACGUUUUGCUCCACUUUCAGAUUAUUCGUCUUCAAAAACAGAUUUAUGUAUGGAUAGGUUGCAACUCAGCCAGCUUCGGACAUCUCUAUGCCGCUCUUCCCACAAGACCAAGCAAUGCAGUUGGUGUGACUUCUCUAAUUGGAGGGUCCUCUGAUAAUACGGGUUCUGGUAUUGCACGUCGAUUAGUUCUCAAGACUGGGCUUAAUGUUGUUCUUGCUUGUAAUUUACCAAAAAAUAACCCCAUGCUUGAGGCAAGUGCUGAGAAAAAGCUGCUGCAAAAGCUUGUUAGUCUAGGAUAUACAAAGCCGCAAAUCUGAACAAGUAUAUUCAUUAAAAUACUUUCGCCUUACAUUUACCUUGGUUUCCCUUUAAUGGGUUAGUAUUUGGAAGAAAUAUCCAAUGUAGUGUUGCCAGUAUUACUUUUUUGUAGAGAUUUUUAUUCUAAAUGGUCCAUCGUAUUGAAUUGUUUCAUUAUCAA